ACUGCAAAAAGUCACCUUUACUAUAUAAACAGGUGUUCGCCCCACCUUUUGCAAACACGCUUCCAUCACUCCAUUCUUCACGGACAAACGCUUCAUCAUGAUUGCACAAGUGAUUUUUUGCUUCAGACUCAUCAAUUGCGUUUCGGAAAUCGCCGGGCUCUGCCUUACGGGCUAUUUUCUUGUCGGGCUCCUUCUUGAACUCUCAGUCCAGGCAGAAUCUACCACCAUGGACUUGAACGUUGUUCAAAUCAAAGAAUACUACUCUGGCCCCUUUGGGGCUGAACCCGAGAUUCAGAAUCACAGUGGAAACAUCUAUGCUGAUUUCAUCCCUGUUCAUAUUGUUGCUGCCUCUGCUGCCCCUCAUCCCAAAUAUUCAAAGACCACAGAAACGGACUGCUCUUUUGUCUCCUCUCCAUCAAGCGACGGUAGCAUUUUGGAAUUGUCCGAUGGGGACACUGGUGCUUCUUCCGUUCUUUCUUUCAACUCAGACUCUAAGCUUGGCUCCUCGGCAGGUUCUUCUAUGAAGCCAGCCGUAGUUGUAGACUACAUUGAGACUGAUGAGAUCAAAAGAACGCGAGGAAUAUUGAUCCCGGACAAUAAUUCUAUUUUCAAUGGAGAAUCUAAGAUCUCCAAAGUAGAAACCACCGCUCUGCUGCCUGCCGCUAACCCAGAUAUUGACAUGGAGUCUGGGUGGCAAGUUCAGGGAAGAAAGCGCCAAAAUUGCCACAGGAGGACUGGCACAAAAGUGGAGACAGUUUCGCGGACUUCUGGAAAGAAACUCGCCAGUGGGCCAGAAUCUCCUGUCUCCCAAUCUUCCCUUUCUAAGAACCCUUUUCUUGUUUUGGCCGACAUCGAUGAGAACGACUAUCAGGAACCACGCCCAAGCAGACCACACAAGAAAGUUCCUGGAAAUCUCGAGCUCUCUUCCCUUGAAAACGUGAGUCCUGGUAUUUCUGCGGCUAUGGAUCUGGCUGUGGACAACUACGAGGCUCUGACCAAAAAUUCAGUCACCAAUUCGAUGGAUAUUGCCUGUGAAACUAUUGAUGAGAAAGCCCUGGGACUCAGCCAGGAUUUGCUUGAGGGAUCACCCCCAGACGCGGAAGAGGAUCCACAUAUGGGCUCCAAAAAAAGUCGGAACUACUGUUGAAAUGUCUGAUACUUUGGUAUCUAAUAUUUCUGAUGAUGGUUGGAAAGUUCAAGGCAGAAAACGCAGAAAUUCCAGGAAAAGACCUGAACGGAGCGUCAUUAUGGCGACAACAACGGGAUCAAUCCUGACUGAUCAAAAGGGUUCCUUGGGGUCAACCCCAUCAAUGAAAAAUACCUCCUCUAAUUUGAAUCCUUUCCUGGUGUUGGCUGAAAUAAGCGA